AUGUUCGAUUAUCAUCAAUCAAAGACAACCAAUACACCAACUGAAAUUAUAUCUGCACCAGCUGUAGAUUUAGAAUUAAAUUUUCAAAUUCAAAUUGCUAGUGGUUCAUGUAAUCUGUAUACAAGUCGUGAUUUAAUAUCAAAUUCAUCAUUUACCACAGCAAAUCCAACUAAACAACAGCAAUCUCAAACACGUGAACAUGUAACAUUACCACAAGAGCAAGAUAGACAAACUAAUUUAUAA